UUCAGCAUUUGGUGAAUUCCAGGAGGUUUCAGCGACUCCUUGCCAAAUUUGAACUUGUAGGAAGCGAAACCUCCCUUUCGCUCUCAGGGUGGAUGUUCAUGUGCAUGGGUUUAUGCAACUAUUUGGGUCUUUCUAGUAAAUGUGUGAGGAGGAAACCCAGAGUUCAGCUUCACGUCCUUUUUCAGACAGUUCCAGCAGUAAAUCUCCUUACGUGCACAGCUCUGACCAUUACGGGGACAACAGCUGUGGCCCCCCAGGCCCUCGGGUGCCUUUUGUGCCCCCUCCAAGCCCAGCCAGCCUCGCCUGGGCACAGCGUACACGCAACCAGCCAGCUAGCCUGGCCCUACGUAAGCAAGAGGAAGAAGAGAACAAGAGGUGCAAAGCCCUAUCAGACAGUUAUGAACUCUCUACAGACCUACAAGACAAGAAGGUGGAGAUGCUGGAGAAGAAAUAUGGGGGUUACUUCGUGAGUAGACGAGCAGCACGUACCAUCCAGACAGCAUUCCGUCAAUAUCGCAUGAACAAGAACUUUGAGCGCCUGCGCAGCUCAGCUUCUGAGAGCCGCAUGACACGGCGCAUCAUCCUUUCCAACAUGCGACUGCAGUACUCGUUUGAUGACCGACAGCCUCAACCUCCCACACAGACUCACUACAGUCACAGUCCAGGAAUGGGUCCUCCGCAUUCUCCAACCUGCACCACAGAGCCAAGCUCCCCAUCACGACCGGAAUACACCCACCUAGAGGACUCCUUCUCAAAACAAGUCAGUACUCAGUUUUAUUGUAUCUGA